UAUCGCACGCCUCUCAGAUUUAUGUUACAUGUAUGUCAGGUUUCAUAAUACAUUUAUAUUCACUAAGCAGAAGGAGGACUAGAUGCGUAUAAACGUAGCCUGUUGAACAUCGACAGUGUAUAUAGAAACUCUACUUGCGUGUUUUUAAGGCGUCCUCGAAAGAUUUAGAAAGAGGCGAUGGCGGAGGAUAUCCGGGAUGUCUCAACCAUUUCCGACGACCAUCAAGACAAUAAUGCUACUACUUGUGCCGACGAGAUCGACACCGUAAGCGAGGAUAUUGUUGACGGUCUCAAUUCCGAACUCGUGAGUUGCUUUGUCCCCGAUGCGUUUUUCAAACUCUUCAGUACUACUAGUUCCGCAGCCGUUGAGAAUGAAAGAACGGACGGCAGAGCUGUUUCAACAAUGGAUGACCACGGAUUACAGGAGGUAGCAGAAAUCCUCCACCAGUCAAUAACAACUCUUGACCAAUGGUUCUACGGGACGCCAGAGGGCAGGGAGCUGCAGAGGACCUUUCUUGAAGAGUUUCCCGAGCUCAGGGACCCAGUGGAAGUGGGGCUGCGCAAUCUCCUCCACGUCUUGACACCAGUACUAACCCAGCUACAGGAUAGGUCUCAUCCCCACUUUCAAGACAUAGAACGAUGGUUUUCUACCUACCAUAUGCUUGUGAAGGUAGCUGUUAAUUUUCUUCACGGAGGAGUGAUGAGGCUGAUGAAGAGUAAUGCUGACAAAGGAAACAUGUCACUUGAUGUGUCAAGAAUCAUCAACGAGUUAGCGUCUAUCCGUGUAAUAACUGACAUUGGUAAACAUCUCUGCGAGACGCAAGAAGGGUUGGCGAAGCUCACAGGAUUCUUUCUUCAGAUUCCUGAGCCCAUGAGACCCGAUGAAAGGGCGUUCCGUAAUCUGCUCCAAAACCUUCCAGAUAUACUUAACCAGAUGAAAGAUACCUCUAAUCCCCUGGUUCAAGCAAUAGAACAAUGGUUUGCAAACUCCAAUGUGCUCAUAAGGCUGGCUCUAGAUUUUCUGCAUGGAGCUGUCAUGGGGUUGAUAAACAAUGAGGCUUGCAAAGGACUUGGCCCACUGGAUGUGACACACAUUUUCGUGGAGGUUGGACAACCAAUACUUUGUUGUUGUAAACUUGUGUUUCUAUUUUAUCCAUGUUCAGGCAAUUGGGCAACCACAGAUACACAUAGCAAGAACGUGAAGAAGGCGCUUCACCAGGUUAAAACUUCUUGGGGCCAAUGGCUCUUUGAGACUCCAAAUGGCCAAGUCAUCCUCAAGACCAUAUUCAUGGAACUUCUUGGACCUAUGAGGCCAGUUGACAACGGAUAUCGUAAUGAUCUUCAGUUAACGGGGGAUUGCCUUAUCCAGUUGAAGAACAGCUCCGAUCCCCUUUUCCAGUCACUAGAACGGAUGUUGGUAGAGGACCAAGAGCUUUUGGCACUGUUUGUAAAGGCUUUUCAUAUAAUGCUGGUGUGGUCGAUCAACACGAGGUCCCAAAUUAAUCUUCUGUGCAUCCGUGUACUACAGAUAUUAAAUGAGAUCAAUGAGAAAAAUGGGUACCCGGUGUCUCGUCGCUUGUUCUGGCUCCAAGGCCUGGAAUCUAGUCCACAUUUACGCCGUGACCUGCUCCAGUACGCCAAGAAUACCACCUCCGAAUCCAAGGUUGGAAUCACUCAAUUUUUUUAA